UCUGUGAUAGAGCACAACAUUGAGAUGAAAGAAAACGUGAACCCGGUUCGUCAAAGACAUUACCCUAUUCCUCAAGCUGAGCUGGACACUGUUAAAGAAGAAGUGAAGGCGAUGAUUGAUCUAGAUGUGAUUGAGGAGUCUAACAGUCCAUGGUCGUCACCAUAUGUAAGAGUACCCAAGCAGGAUGGGACAGUCCGCUUCUGCAUUAACUACAAAAAGGUUAAUAGCCUCAGCAAGUUUGAUGCAUACCCAAUGCCCUUGAUAGAGGAGAUCAUCGGGCGAAUAGGACCCUCUAAAUUCAUAACCAAGCUAGACCUUUGUAAAGGCUACUGGCAAGUACCUUUAGCAGAACACUCCAAAGAAUUUACAGCCUUCUCAACUCCAAUGGGAUUAUUCCAAUUCAAGUAUCUACCCUUUGGUCUACACGGAGCACCAGCAACAUUCCAGCGAAUGAUGGACCGCUUAUUGAGAGGAAAGGAGGAGUAUGCAGCAGCAUACAUGGACGACUUGGUUGUAUUCAGCAGAAGUUUUGAUGAUCAUCUAAUUCAUCUCAAAGACAUCUUGGAAACCCUAAAGAAAGCUAAUCUAACAGCAAAACCAAAGAAAUGUAAAUUUACGCAAACACACAAGUCAAUUACCUUGGAUACCUAGUUGGAAAUGGAGUACUAGAACCACAACAAACCAAAGUGAAAGCUAUACAAGACUGGAAGCAACCCAAAACAAAGAAAGAUGUCAAGUCCUUUCUUGGUCUCACAGGUUACUAUAGAAAGUUUAUAUCGGAUUAUGC